ACAAAGGACGCGCGAGGAUCAACAAUGUUCCAGCAUCCAACCAAAGUUCUAUUCUUCCGCAUUGUACCUUAAAGUAAGAACGAUCUGUCUAAGCACAAGCUCGUAUGAUGAUUCAUUCCUUUUUCUUCGUUCCUCUCUCCAUGUAAGAACUAAAGGUUGCAGCAAUAACAUACAAGAGGGAUUGAAUGUGCGGCCAGUGGCAGUUGUUGUAGAUCCGCAGUACCGUGCUCUUUUCCAUAAUGUGAUGUGAUAGCGAGUAGUGGCUCAACAGGGACGGGGAUUGAUUCCAAUCUUUCUCCAGACCAGAGCAGCCGAAGUGACUUACCAAGUCAUUCCAAAAGGUCUAUCGCUGGAACACCGGGACACAUUCAGUGUCUUUUUUAACUCUCCCGGGAUACACUCUCCAUCAACGUCACGGAUCUUUGGGAAGAUCUCACCGGUUACAAUGCAAUGCGUGUCUCGGCAGCGCAGGAGGAGAUAAGAGGCAGGUCGCCUGGCCUCUAUGUUUCCUCGCCAGGAUGCGUGUCCAUACAGGGCUUUAAAGGCCCCGAAGCGCGCAGCGUAAGUAAGCUCCAUAUCUUUUCCUUUUGUGAGCUUUGCUUAUGCUUAUCUUCAUCUCAGUCGCAGGCUCUGUCUCUCUCUCCCUCUCUCUCUCUCUCCCUCUCUCUCUCUCUCUCUCUCUCUCUCUCUCGCAUCAUCGCAUUAAUGAAAAGGCUGGACUUUUGAUUAGCAACGUGAUCGUCAGCCACUAUAUGUUGGUGAUCAUGGAACACAAAAUCUCGCUUGGAUCUUCUUCGACUCGCAAAGAAUUCUACUUAACAAGGUAAGCAAAAAAUCUUAUUAACCAAAUCUCGCAGGGUUCUUUGUUCCAGUGGAAGCACCUGGACAGGGGACGACCAUUUCCAAAGCCACGGUAUAAAAAGUUAAAACAACAACGUUGCCUCGCAAUCUGUUAUUUGAAAGCGCCCCGGCCAGCGUGGAAGCGUCAACAUUUCUUUUACGUUGUGACCAUCGGGGGCCAAAGCAAAAGAUUGCGACUGCUACGUGAUUAGUGCAAAAGAUGUGGAAAGAAAAACGCUCCCGGAAAGAUGACCUAGUUUUUCUUCUUUGUGUGUGUGCUGUGUGUGUUAUAAGGUCUCGAGGCUGGGACUUUUCUUUGUGUGUGGGAGAAGAAAGAAUUGAAGGGAAGAAGGUAUGGCGACGGCGAGGACGAUCGAUUGCGCUGCGACGAGGAGGCGGCGCUGCUAGGCGCCCGCGCAACGCUGUUCGGGUGGGAGCUUUCGGCGCUGUGGCGUGCUGAUCCGUGGAGAGAUGGACGAUUCCGGGGGAGGGAGGUCGAAAUUUGUGAGGAUUUGUGUGUUUUGCGGCAGUAGCAGCGGGAAGAAGACGAGCUACGGCGCCGCGGCUGCCGACCUCGGCCGCGAAUUGGUAAAGAGGAAAAUCGAUCUGGUUUACGGAGGCGGCAACGUCGGACUGAUGGGACUUAUAGCGGAAGCGGUUUACGAAGGUGGCUGUCGCGUUACUGGAGUAAUCCCAAAAGCGUUGAUGCCUCACGAGAUUUCAGGCAAGACGGUCGGAGAGGUGAAAGUCGUAUCCGACAUGCACCAGAGGAAAGCCGAGAUGGCACGGCAGGCGGAGGCCUUUAUCGCACUUCCGGGCGGAUAUGGUACGCUAGAGGAGCUGCUGGAAAUGAUAACGUGGUCCCAGUUAGGCAUUCAUGAUAAGCCUGUCGGCCUGCUAAACGUUGAUGGUUACUACAAUCCGCUGCUCGCCCUGUUUGACAAGGGCACGGAGGAAGGAUUCAUCAAGCCGUCGUCCAGGCAAAUUGUCAUUUCCGCAUCGACUGCGGGCGAGCUCCUUGAUAGACUAGAGGCUUAUGUUCCAAACCACGUCUCGGUUGCUCCAAAAGAGACGUGGGAGAUGGAACAAUUGGGGUACUCGGCAGCAUCGGCACCCCCAAGCCAUACGCUGUGAGAAAAUGUUUAAACCAAUUCUUUUCUUUUUCAAGAUGACUAUUUGUUGACGCUUUGUAAACCCUGUGUUGACCCUUGAAAGGCUCAAGGCUUAACUAAACCAAAGUUUAUUUCAUGUA